AUGUUCUACCUCGCCCAGCAUCGCCUACGCCUAUUCAGUGCAUUCACACCGCUUCUCGUAGCUUCCCCUGGAAAACAUCCAUCAUCAUAUCUUCCUAGCGUCAAGUUCUGUCAGCUGGCUGCUGCCGCCCGCAACCACCUCCUACAGAGUCACACUGGCGUGCCGGCGGUGAUGCCAAAUCUGCUACAGCACAUCUCAGCGCUACGUAACGCUCAGUUGGCUAAUGCAGGCGUAAUGUCCGGAGUGCGGGUUGGCAGUCCGCAGCGUGCUGACUCGAUCUCAUCCCGAGCGGCGGUGGAAGCGGGCAACGGGGCUGGCGGUGAGCUAUGUGUCGUAUGCGGGGACAAGGCAAGUGGACGACAUUACGGUGCUGUGUCAUGUGAAGGUUGCAAAGGAUUCUUUAAACGAUCCAUUAGGAAACAGAUUGGAUACAUGUGUCGAGGUGCGAAAGAUUGUCCUGUGACGAAAUUUCACCGUAAUCGAUGUCAGUAUUGUCGAUUAAAGAAGUGCCUAUCGAUGGGCAUGCGCAGUGAGUCGGUCCAAGCUGAACGUCGCCCCGUUCAACAGGUAUGUGUGGACAGCCCGCCCACUAUGGUACCGAAUCACAACGCAUCCGGGAAUUCAUCGGCACUGGAGGGGAAUCCUUUGAUGAAUGGGCUGUUGGCGAUCGUGAAAAACGACCAUGAACAGCUAGCGGAACGGGAGAAGACGACGACGACUACGACGACGACGUCGACGAUGAGGGAUUCUAUCGGUGAAGAUGAAUCCGGGAUUGAUGUGAUGACUGUGAUAGGAAUGGGUCCGUCCGAAUCACCGUCUUCGUCUGGAACGGCAUCUUCUAUCAGCGAGGAUGGGCCUAUCUUCAACGUUGAGCGGUGUCGCUUUGAACUACCAGUGCCACAUCCACCUCCCGCCGAGCUCAACAUUCAAUUCAUAUGUGAGACGGCAAGCCGACUACUCUUUCUAUCCGUACAUUGGAUGAAAGACGUUCGUACAGGCCUAAAGCCGAUCACUUUGGAAUCGGUGAUGAAGACGAAAUGGUGUGAUUUAUUCGUGUUGGGACUAAUGCAAUGCGCUGAGGAUGUUGGGCUGAUCAGAAUGCUCGAGGCAAUGAAUAAUCAUCUUGCUGCUUGUAGCAGAGUCGGGCAGUUGAAAUCGGAAAAAUUCGAAGAAGUCAGUCAGCAAAUCAACUAUCUUCUGUUGCUUGUUAGCCGCUUUGCAGAAGCAAAAUUAAGUCCAAUGGAAUUCGCAUACCUGAAAUUGGUGUCGUUCACCUCGAACGAUAUCCCAGCUUCCACUUGUGCUGCUGACACUCGGCCGGUGAAUGUUACUGCUUGCCAGGAGCUUUACGAGCACGUUGUGGCCUCGUCGUCCAGCGAUGAUUCCACUUCUGAAGACAACGAAACACAUGUUACUGCUUCUUCAGUUGGAGCUGCUAUAGAGAGAUAUUCACGUCUGCUGCAAUUGUUGCCGAAUCUACGAUGGUUUCGUGAAUCGGUGUUGGUUGAGCUGUUUUUUUCCGGCUUAAUCGGGAACCUCUCAAUCGAAACGGUGAUCCCGUUUGUGCUAAAAAUGGAUGUGAUGAAUGUGUUCGAGCCAACACAAGGUUCCGACUCGAUUCUGCCAAGCGCUAGCCUGGCUAGCAUGCUCUGCGGCAAGUAG